AUGGAUAUGAACCAUUUAAUAGGGGUUUGUGCGGCUAGGCGGCAGUUAACACCUGGCAGUCAGCGGUUCAACCUGAUUUCCAAGAGUGACAUUCGUUAUGUUGGAACGUUGCAUGAGAUCAACCCUGAAGCUUCCACAAUAGCCUUGGAGAAUGUGGUGUCGUUCGGGACCGAAGGUCGGCGAGGCAGUCCCGCUGAGGAGAUUGCCCCGUCUACCAGCGUCUACGAAUACAUUGUCUUCCGUGGCAGUGACGUAAAAGACAUUAGCGUAGCUGAGGACAAGAAGGAGAACGCACAGCCUGAGCCUCAGGUGCCAGAUGAUCCUGCUAUCCUAGGGAGCAUGUCUCGUCCUGGACCUCCUCCCCAGGGUCUGCCUCCUCACUCUCAGUCCCAGCAGCCGCAGGUCCCCCGUCCAGGUCCCCCUGGUUACCCUCAGCAGCCCCAGUUUCAGGGCGGCUUCUACCCACCAUAUGGACAGCGCUUUGGAGCUCCCGGUUUCCCUCCUGGACCAGGAUUCCCCAAUAUGCCGUAUGGAGGCCCCCCGCCCGGAUGGUAUCCUCCCCCGGGUCAAGGAUUCCCUCAAGGACCAGGCCAGUUCCCCCCGCCUCAAAUGCCUAUUGGACCUCCCGGUCAACACCAGACCCCUCCGCCACCGCGACAGGGGGUUCCUGGUGCAGGCCCCGUAAAUGUUCCUAAACCUACCUCAGAGCUUCCCGUUGGCGAACGGCCCUCCAGUAAGCCAGCCAGCCGGAAUGCCACACCUGCACCUGCAGCAUCCGCUCAGAACCCUCCUCCACCCCCUGUUGAAUCGAAACCUUCCGUAACGGAAGCCGUACAAGCCUCCAGUAUCCCUGCCGCGGUGCCAUCCAAGAUACCACCUACUGGACCCCGGAGUGGACGUGUGCAACCGGCCAUCCCGAUGAAUGCUCCCUCCAAGCCGCCUGUCCCUGCUGUAAGCAAUGUUCCCGUGGCUGGUGCUGGAGGCAGCGUGCCGCAAGGUACCGCUCAGGCAGCAAUCACUGAAGCCACUCGUGCUGCCACCGCUGCUGUUGCGGCGGCCAUGGCCAAGUUGCCGCAGCCUAACACGCCGAAGAAGCCUCAGUACGGGGAUGUGGCGGUGGAAGGGGUAGCAAGACAGAUGGCGGACAUGAAGCCCUAUGAUGGCAACCGUGCUCCCCGUGCUCCUCAGCAUGCUCCUCAGCAUCCUCGGGGUGGACGUGGCGGUCACCGCGCCCCAUACCAGGGUCAGAAGAAGGUUGAGGUUCCGGAUACGGACUAUGACUUUGAGACGGCCAACGCCAAGUUCAACAAGCAGGACCUGGUCAAGGAGGCCAUUGCCACCGGGUCUCCCGUGAACGAGGGUGAACCUCCUAUCCCCCACGGCGAGGUGGAACCGGUCGAUGCCAAUGCGGAUCCUUUGAGUUACAACCGGGCCACCUCAUUCUUCGACAACAUUUCCAGCGAGUCUCGUGAUCGGGAGGAAGGCACAGGGGCCCGGGCCGGUGGCCGGGAAUGGCGCGGCGAGGAGGAGAAGAGGAACAUCGAGACCUUCGGUCAGGGCAGUGUGGAUGGCUACCGGGGCAGCUACCGUGGCCGGGGCCGUGGCCGUGGCGGCUACGGACGGGGUCGGGGUGGCUAUGGACGUGGUUACAACCCUCGCGGCCGCGGAGGCAUGCGCGGGGGCCGUAACACGCAGGCCACCGGGGUGCCCACGCAGACAUAG